GGGCGGGCUUGCGCCUUUACCUGACAGACCCCACGAGGCCACCACUGAUUCUGAAUGACGAAUGCUCUCUCUUUCUGCCACACUGCACUUAUUUUCCGAUACCCAACCAUUCAUCUUCAUUGUCCUACAAAAACCCUAGUCUAAUUUGACAUUUGAAAGUUCCCAGCUAUGUCCAAAGACGCUUCUUCUUCAUCUGUCAGAUCCGCUGAUGCUCGAACCCAGUUCGAAUCAAAUGAGAACGACUUCGACAAUACGGAAUUUCCCUUCCCUCCUCCUACUCGAACGCCUCUUAAUUCCAUCGCCGACCCAUCUCAACGUCUGACCCUAGCUCAAGACCUCCAUCCCACUAAAUCUGAAACAACCCGAGCUGUUCGAGAUGCAAAUGGAGUUAGAGGAAAAGCUCAUUCCGAACCCAAUUCAGCUCAAACUACUCCAGUUAGGAGAAUUUGUAAUGUGUUUACACGCUCUGGGGCUAGGCAUGCUCUCCAUACUGGAGGUAAAGGGACUACUUUAUUAUCUUCUAGAACUUCAAAAGGAACUCUUUUUAUCAACUCUGAGCCUUCUGUCCACUUUGAGCUGUCGGAGAAUCCUUCUUUCUGGAAUGAUCACAAUGUGCAGGUAUUGAUUCGUGUUAGACCAUUAAAUAACAUGGAGAAAGUAUUACAAGGAUACGGUAGAUGCUUAAGGCAAGAGACUGCACAGACACUGGUUUGGCUUGGUCAUCUUGAAACCAGAUUCACCUUUGAUCAUCUUGCGUGUGAAACUAUAUCGCAGGAAAAGCUUUUCAAAGUUGCAGGGUUGCCCAUGGUGGAUAACUGCAUGUCCGGUUAUAAUAGCUGCAUGUUUGCAUAUGGCCAGACUGGAAGUGGAAAGACUUACACAAUGAUGGGUGACAUAGGCGAAAUGGGUGGAAAGCUAAGCGAACAAUGUGGGAUCACUCCUCGUAUAUUCGAGUACUUGUUUACUCGAAUUGGACAGGAAGAGGACGAUCGAAAGAAUGAGAGAUUGAAGUAUAGUUGCAAGUGUUCUUUCUUAGAGAUAUAUAAUGAGCAGAUAACGGACCUCCUUGAGCCUUCAUCGACUAAUUUGCUGCUCAGAGAAGACUUGAAGAAAGGUGUAUACGUUGAAAACCUCACUGAAGUUAGCGUUAGUUCUGUUGAUGACAUUCUCAGAAUUUUGUUACAGGGGGCUGCAAAUAGAAAAAUGGCAGCUACUCAUAUGAAUACUGAGAGCAGUCGAUCUCACAGUGUUUUCACAUGUAACAUAGAGAGUUGCUGGGAGAAAGACUCUAUGAAGCACUUUAGAUUUGGAAGGUUAAAUCUAGUUGAUCUAGCUGGUUCUGAAAGACAGAAAAGCUGUGGCGCAGAAGGAGACCGUUUGAAAGAAGCUGCAAAUAUAAACAAGUCUUUAUCAACUCUUGGACUUGUCAUCAUGUCCUUGGUGGAUUUGGCACAUGGCAAACAUAGACACAUUCCAUACAGGGACUCUAGGCUAACUUUUCUCCUUCAGGAUUCUCUGGGUGGGAACUCGAAAACAGCAGUAAUCGCCACCGUCAGCCCAUCUAUUUGUUCUGCCAGUGAGACACUAAGCACUCUAAAGUUUGCUCAGCGUGCAAAACUUAUUCAGAACAAUGCUAAAAUAAAUGAAGAUGCUUCAGGUGAUGUUUCAGCAUUGCAGCAGCAAAUACAACAACUAAAGGGUCAGUUGUCCUUUCUACUGAAGCAUCAGGGAACAGAGAAUUAUUUUCCAGAAAGUGUCCCAUGUUUAGAUCAAUUCAGCUUGUGUGAGUUUCCUGAGAGCUUCUACCUGUCUGAGGAAUUGAAUCUGCACACUGAUUGUGGUCCACAGCAUGGAAGAAGUGACUCAUUACAUUAUCUAAAAUCAACUUUGCUCAAUGCCGUGAGGAGAGAAAAAUUGGCUGCGAUGGAAGUUUGGAGAUUAGAGGCUGAAAUUGAAGCGAUGAAACAUUUGGUUCACCAGCAAGAAGAAGAGGUUCAACUUAGUAAAUACAUAAUGAAACUUAGAGAGGAAAAAGUUGACCGAUUGGAAUCACUUGGAAAUGGUAUAAUCUCUGCAGACAGCUUUAUCCUGGAAGAAAAUAAUGCUUUAAAAGACGAGAUUCGGCUGCUUUGGGCUAGAACUGAACAAAAUCCAGAAUUGACUCGACUUGCACAUGAGAACAUUAGCCUCCUUAAGCAGCUCAGAUGGUUUAAAAACUUCUACAGGAACAGGAAGACUGGAACACUGGUUGCUGAAAUUUCAGAGUUAUGUGAACAGGAAAGAUUCACUGCAGGAGAGUUAAAAGAAUGCAGAGAAAUGAAUUCAAAACUAAUCAGUGAGGUUGAUGAAUUGCAAGGAGAAUUGGGAAAACAUGUGAACCUUAACCAAGCUGCAUUUGAUUUUGUGGAGACCAUAUCAACUGAAGCUGAUAAAGUAAACAGGGCAUCACAAGACCCACUAGAAGGUGGAGAAUCCAAACAUCAAGAAGUUGUCGAAAUUGAUUGGGCCUCCAUUUCGCAGCAUAAAGAUAUAAUGAAACAGUUGGUUGAAGCAAGAUCCUUGAUGGAAGCAAUGGAAGAGGAACAAGUUAAGCUAAUAGAAGAGCUAGAAUUCACAAGGGAAGAAAAUCAAAGGCUGUCUAAGCAGCUGUGUGAAACUGAAAGGGCUGGAAUACAACACAGGCCUAAACCUGAUAGCCAUGAAUCAAGAGGCUCUGUUUUUGAAAAUCAGGACAGUAAUGGAGACCUCUGCAUGGUGGCUUUGCAAGCUAAGUUGGAGAAAAUGUCCAAGGACCUUGGGGAGGCUCACUUGCUUAAUAGCCAAUAUCUGGAGGAUCAUGCAUUAAAGUUGUCAGAGGAACACCAAACUGAGUUAGUGCGUGAGGAAGUUGAAACAGAAACAACUAAAGCGAUUCUUCAUAUGCAGGAAGAGAUUGUUGCAAUGAAGUCCGAACUACAGGAGAAAUUAUGCUUAAUGGCUGAUGAAAACAUGAGUUUAAAGAACAAUCUGGAAGCUAAAGAGGAAGAAAUAGAGGCGCUGUGCAUGGAAUGGGAAAUAGCAACUUUGGAGCUAACAUCCUUUCUAGUAGAUGGCUCUAAGUCCCUGCGAGAUGCUUCCUCCCACAUAGAACAUAUAGCUUGCUCAUUUCCUGACAUCAAUGCUUGCAUUGGUGGACAUGUUGAGAGAGCUGCUAAAAUUUGUGUUGAGAAGGAAGAAACCAUUCUUUUGUUAAGAAGGAGUUUGGAAGAAGCACAACGGGUCAUAUUGCAAAUGGAUGAGAAAUUGAAUUCUCUGAAAGGUGCAACAAUGGCUUUUACUCAAGCUCAGCAGUUAGACAAUGAGUCAAGCGACAAGGAAGCAUUCCAGCUAGUUUCUUCUUUAGAUGAUCAAAUCAGUAGGUUGGAAUCUGUAGAAAAACAUCUGCUGCACAAGGGGAACCACACCGCUGAGGUUCAUGCUGCUUCAUUUUCUGCAAAUGAUGGAUCUGAUAGUCUUGACAGAAACCUCACAAAAGGAGACAGUUCAAGUGAAAGUGUAUUAGCAUUGAUAGCUAAUGAAAAUAAUAUUGAGUUGGCAAUGUUAAAGCUACUGGAGGUGGAGAAUGCUGUAAAUGCUCUUUGCUUUGAUGCACAAAACUAUCUGUCAGGCCUCCAAUCAGACGCCUAUAAAAUGAUUUGCUUGUGCAAGGAGUUCAAUCAAGAAUUUCUAGAUCUUAUCCAUCAGAUGAGGAAUAAGUUCUAUGAUCUAAUAGAAAAUGGUAGUUCUCAGUACCAUGCAGUUGGAUUUCCAUCAAGUGAUACCAGUAAGCUUCAUGACCAUAACAAACAGCAGAAACUGCUGCAUCAGAUUAGGUAUGAACUUGUUGAAACAAACGAGAAACUGAAUCACAUCACAGCAAAUCUUAGCAGAAUUUUGAAUUUGCAUCUAUGUCCUGAUACAACUGAGGAUCCAAGUGAAUCAGAUGGAUGGACAACUGACUGUUUGGCUUCAUGUUCUAAUCUUUCAACUGAAAGUGUUGCUUCAGGAAAAAGGUCAAAUACAUCUCCCCACAGUUGUAAUUCACAAAGCAUACCGAAGAAUUUGAAUCUAGAAGGCACAACACUACUGCAUUUGAGGAGGGAUUUUAAAAUGGCAUAUGGUGCUUUUGCCAAAAUAAAUGCUCAGUUUUAUUCCGUUUUCAAUGAGAAAGGAGAGGGCUCACCCCCAGUGAUGUAUCUCUCUGAUUCAGCUGAACUUGCAAAACUGAAUGACCAGCAGCCAAUCAAGAAUCAACAAAAUGAAAUAAUUCAGGGUCAUAAAAUGAUGAUGCAUGGAGCUGAAUUUAGCUGCAACUACAGGAGAGAGGAAGAAACUGGUGACGAAAUCACUGAAGAGAAAAACUUCUUUAAGAAGUUUGAGCUCGCCUUCUCAACCAUCAAAGAAGUAGAUUACACGUUAAAUACUCUGGUUAAAGUGAAUGAAAAUGAAAAAAAAUUGACUUCUAUGUUGAGACAAGCAGAAGAGGAAUUACUGGAGCAGAAAGCAAGCUUGGUUGAAGAUGUCAAACAACUUAAGUCCUCCAUUCGACAGAGAGAUGAAGAAAUAGGAAUACUACAGGAUGAGGCCUGUUGCAGCUUGCAAGAAAUUUCAAAUACAAUGUCCUUGCUUGAAGGGUCUUUCUUGGAUAUGCAAAAAGAUGUGGAGGAAUUUUUGAAAACAUUGUUUGCUGAUGCUUUUAGAAUGGCAGAAGAGACACUGAACCUCAUUAGCAACUCAAAUUUAUUACUAGAAGGUAUUGUUUUUGACACUAUGAAGAAUGGGAUAUCCUCUACUGUGCUAUACCGUUGCGAAGCUAUAGAUUCUAUACGUGACUUGGGGAGAAGUUGCGGAAGUUGUAAUAUUGGCAUGAUAAUGGAUAAAGAAGAACUGGAUGGAAUUACAAGCUUUGGAAAAAUGGAGGAUAAAGAGUUGGGUUUAGACCAGAUUAACAGCAAAAAUGAAAAUUUGGAGCUUAGAAAAGAAUUGGAACGAAAAGAAGCUUUGCUGAAAGGUUUGCUAUUUGACAUUAGCUUAUUGCAAGAAUCAGCUUCUAGCAGAAAGGAUAUCACGGAUGAAGUUGAAAAGUUAAUUGCAGCUUUGGAUCAAGCUCAAAAUGAGUUAUCUACUAAAGAACAUCAACUAGAUGAAAUGCUCAUUCAGCACAGAACUCUUGAAAAUCGGCUGAAAGAGAUGGAGAGUGAUCUAUUUGCCUCAAAAUCUGAUCUUGAAGAGACUAGAAGAGAAUCGGAUACUUUCUCAAAUCAAAACUCUGAGUUGAGAGCUCUUUUAGAUGAUCUUUGUCUGAAGAAGUCUCAAACAGAGGAUGAGUUGGAAGAACAAAGAGAGAUUGUGAAAAGCCUAGAAAGUGAAAUUCUUCGGCUGACCUCCUCUGCAGAGAAACAACUGAUACCAUCGAUGACAGAUAAAGAUACAGAAGAUGAUCUCAAGAGGGUUACUGGAGAAAAGAACCAGCUUCUUGAACAACUCCGGUUCCUGCAAGACAGGCUUGAUAUGGCAUGUUCACUAGCUGAUGAGAAUGAAGCUAUUGCUGUACAAGCUCACCAGGCAUCAGAAGCCAGUAAAAUGUAUGCUGAACAAAAAGAUGAGGAGGUUAAGAUUUUAGAACACUCAGUUGAGGAACUUGACGGCACCAUAAAUGUACUGGAGAAUAAGGUACAUGAAAUGGAAGAAGAGGUAGAAAGAGAUCGCCUGAUUAGAGAUUCAUUAGAACUGGAACUUCAAGCGCUAAGAAAAAGAUUAUUAAUGGUUGAGAACUCUCGAAGUAUGGACAUGAAGAGCUCAGGUGAACUGUCCACAAAGGAUCAAUUUUCGAGGUUCGUGGAGCCUACUGAGGUUUAUUACCGAAUAGGAGAUCUUGAAGAAGAAAAAGCAGAGCUAACUAAAGAGAUAGAACAAUACAAGGAAUACAUUUCAGAAAUCUUGUUGCACGCCCAAGCCCAAGCAUCACAGUAUCAACAAAAGUACAAGGAGUUGGAGGCAGUGCUGCAUGGACUUGAAACUCACUCAUUAAACACACUAAAUGGAGGACCAACUUCAGAUAAGACAGAGAAGUGCUCAAGCUCAACCAGGACAAGAGGUUCAAGCUCACCUUUCAGAUGCAUUUCCAGUUUGGUUCAGCAGAUGAAUAGUGAGAAAGACCAGGAACUGUCAGCAGCUAAAUUUCACAUAGAAGAGCUAGAGGUGUUACAGGCUCAAAAACAGAAGGAGAUUUGUAUGCUGAACAGUAGACUGGCUGCAACAGAAAACAUGACACAUGAUGUAAUUCGGGAUUUGCUUGGUGUCAAGCUGGACAUGACUAGUUAUGCAAAUUUGAUAAAGCAGUAUCAACUGCAAAAAUUUGUAGAGGAGGCUCAGCAACAAUCAGAAGAGCGCAUUGCAAUGGAGAGACAACUUUCAGAUCUAAGGAGACAAAUUGAUGAUCUAGUUGAAGAAAGAGAGAGAUACAUUUUGAAAGUGAAAAAAAGUGAGGCAGACGUGUUAUCAUCCCAGAUGUGCAUAGAACAGUUACGAGAACGUGAUCAGUUGCUGACUGCUCAAAAUGAAAUGCUGACAAUGGAUAGAACCAACUUACAGAGAAAAAUUGUGGAACUGGAUGAUAUGGUUAAAAGGCUCUUGAGAAGACAGACUCAAAUGGGUGCCUUGGCAAGAUUGAAAGAAAUUGAUCUUAGCCAAAGGCUGGGUUGUCCUCAGAAGUUGGUUUUAGGAGCAAGGGACAAACUUUCUCUGGCUCAUGAGGCGGAUAACCUUGGUACACGUGACAACCUGAAUGGUUGUGGUAAGGAAACAAAAUUGAGGUGAGCUCAAUAUAGGUUUGGCAUGCGGGAGUCUCUGCAAGACAGCUCCUAUGUAUUACAAGGAUAAUCAACUGCCAAGCAAAGAGAGCAAAAAGCCUAAACUUGUCAAUCACAGGCAGUCUGCUCAGAAUCAAGUUUCAUAUUCACAAAAGCAAAUAUCACUAAUAGAAAUUCGGAGCUGCAGAUAAUGGUUUAAUGUGCAUAUAAUUGUUAGUAUUAUUUUGAUGGAAGGUAAUUAUCAGUUGUAUCAUAUACUAUAUGUAUUUUUUUCUUAGGUUGGGGUGAUAUUGGCUUGUUGAGUGUCUUUGAGUCCGUAGGAAAGUGGUGACCAACCUCCUUCCUGAACAGCCGGAAUUGGGACAGAGCGUGUGGUUAUUGUCAUAGCACAAAUUCUAAAUGUUUGUAAUUAUUUCUGUAAUUACAUAUCAAAGGCAAUCUAUGCCGAUACGAACUACUUCAGAAUUGAAGUGUAAUUGGUGUAUAUUAAUUGGUGUGUUUACUACA